CCGAGGGGGAUUUUCUCACGAAACCCGUUUGGAAAAUCGUUGCAUUCUUCUCCGCCCCUUUAUUAACAGCCUGUUUGCCGUUUUUUCAGUCGGGGUCGAAUUGCGCCUGAGACCGGAGCGACCUCUCCGACCGCGUUUCUUAUAGCCUACCAAGCCGUCCUGCCCAGAAUAUCACACACGGGUUAAGCUCAAGUUCGGAUUUGUGUACUGUGUUAGGAGGGUCCGUGUGCACGCGAGAUUCCAUGACCCCCCACUACCGAGAUAUUAUCUAAAUUAGGCCCCUGCCUUUCCCACUUCCUAAUUCCCUGUAUUUAUAUGUCUAGUUGCCUGCUAGAGCUCCGAGGGGAUAUACAGUGUUGGGUAAAACCUCUCAACUAUGGUUAACGCGGCACAGCAUACACGGGAUGAUGGAAGAGGAGAACGUGAUAAGGCCUCACCAGGAGAUGGCGCAGCUCUCCCUAGAUGAAAAGAAGUUCCUGUUAGCUGUAGAACGGGGAGACGUCGCCUCGACCAGAAGGAUGCUGCAGAAGGCGAUGGAUACCAACUACAUAAACAUGAACUGCGUCGAUCCCCUGGGCAGAUCGGCGCUACUCAUGGCCAUAGACAACGAGAACCCCGAAAUGGUCGAGUUGCUCAUCGAGCACAGGGUCGAGACCAAGGACGCCCUCCUUCACGCCAUAUCGGAAGAGUUUGUCGAGGCGGUCGAAGCACUCCUGGAACACGAGGAAGCCAAAAAGAAGCCAGGUCAACCAGCUAGUUGGGAAGCCCUUCCUCCUGAUACGGCCACGUUCACCCCCGACAUCACACCCCUGAUCCUCGCCGCCCACAGGGAUAACUACGAGAUCAUAAAAAUCCUGCUGGAUAGGGGCGCAACCCUCCCCAUGCCGCACGACGUCAGAUGCGGAUGCGAAGAGUGCGUGACUUCCAGGCUCGAGGACUCCCUUAGGCAUUCCAGGUCCAGGAUCCACGCUUACCGCGCCCUCGCCAGCCCUUCUUUAAUCGCCCUUAGCUCAAAGGACCCGAUCCUCACUGCUUUCGAGCUCUCCUGGGAGCUCAGGAGGCUUUCCUUUAUGGAGCACGAGUUCAAGACUGAGUACCAGGAGCUGAGAAAGCAAUGCCAGGACUUUGCGACGGCUCUUCUCGACCAUACGAGGAGUUCUUACGAACUCGAAGUCCUCCUCAACCACGACCCGACUGGCCCAGCUUUCGAGCACGGGGAGAGGAUGCAUCUCAACAGGCUCAAACUAGCCAUCAAACUUAGACAAAAGAAGUUCGUAGCGCAUCCGAACGUGCAACAACUACUGGCCUCGAUAUGGUACGAAGGUCUCCCUGGCUUCAGGAGGCAAAACAUGGUCCUUCAAGCGCUCCAGAUCAUCCGGAUAGGCUCCAUGUUCCCUAUAUUCAGCAUAAUGUACAUCAUCGCGCCGCACUCUAAGCCGGGUCAGACGUUGAGGAAGCCUUUCAUCAAAUUCAUCUGUCAUUCUGCGUCUUACUUCACGUUUUUAUUUUUACUCAUAUUGGCAUCGCAAAGGAUCGAAACCCUUCUGGACUGGACUCAGGACACCCCGGCGAACCAUACAGCGCCAGAACUCACCCCGACGAAAAGAGGGUCGCUCCCGACCAUCAUCGAAUGGCUCAUACUUGGCUGGGUGGCAGGUCUGAUGUGGAGCGAAGUGAAACAACUUUGGGACGUCGGCCUGGAGGAUUACCUGGCGGAUAUGUGGAACGUCAUAGAUUUUAUCACCAACUCUCUCUACGUCGCAACGGUCGCCUUAAGGAUAGUGUCUUACUGCCAGGUUCAAAGGGACAUACUGCAAGGGAAUGCUACGGAUAUACCUAGAGAGAAUUGGGAUACUUGGGACCCGAUGUUGAUAUCCGAGGGUUUAUUUUCCGCUGCCAAUAUUUUUAGCUCUUUAAAGUUAGUUUAUAUAUUUUCCGUCAAUCCUUAUUUGGGACCUUUACAAGUCUCGCUGAGCCGCAUGGUGCUCGACAUAAUGAAAUUCUUCUUCCUCUACGUCCUCGUCCUGUUCGCAUUUUCUUGCGGUAUGAACCAGCUGCUUUGGUACUACGCGGACAUGGAGAAGCAGCGGUGUCCCAACGCGACCACCACGUACGAUGCCAAAAAUUCAACCGACCCCGACGCCUGUCUCGUCUGGCGAAGAUUCGCCAACCUGUUCGAGACGUCGCAGACGCUCUUUUGGGCUGUGUUCGGCUUGAUCGACUUGGACAACUUCGAAUUGGCCGGGAUUAAGACUUUCACCCGAUUCUGGGGGAUGCUCAUGUUCGGAACCUAUUCUGUGAUUAAUAUAGUAGUCCUAUUAAACUUGCUCAUCGCAAUGAUGAAUCAUUCCUACCAGCUAAUAUCCGAACGAGCCGACAUCGAGUGGAAAUUCGCUCGUAGCCGUCUGUGGAUCAGCUAUUUUGAAGAGGGUGGUACCGUACCGCCGCCUUUCAACGUACUGCCUUCACCGAAGAGCGUCUGGUACUUCCUGAUGUGGCUGCACAGGAGGUUCUGCGGGCAGAGCAGGGCGGCAAAAAAAGAGCACAUGAGGACAAUUAAGCGCAAGGCCAAACAGGCGAGCGAGCGAGACUUCCGCUAUCAAACGAUAAUGCGUAAUCUCGUGAGGAGGUACGUGACCGUGGAGCAGCGGAAGGCGGAAAACGAGGGCGUCACGGAAGACGACGUCAACGAGAUCAAGCAGGACAUAUCCGCAUUUAGGUGCGAGCUGAUCGAGAUCCUGAAGGAGUCCGGGAUGAACACGUCGACGGCGACCGGGACCGGCACGGGAGCAGGAGGAAAGAAAAACAGGCAGAAGGAAAGGAGGCUCAUGAAAGGCUUCAACAUCGCACCGCCGCCCAGCUCGUCGAAUUCGUCCAACCUACCGGUUGCCGAGUUCAUAGCCGCUCUCCAAAAAAGUUCUUCCAAUGAAAACUUAUCCAACGCCGGGCCUGGACGACUAGGAGGAAAUCAGUCAUUGGACCUUGAGAUCCGAUGCCGGCCGGAAAGGAGGAUCGUACUUUUCGAACCGCAGCGUUGGGGCGGGAACAACUCGGGCUCUCCCGGCUGGAUAACUGCCAUCAGAGUCGGGACCGGGCCCGGGAUGAGCAUCAGGCGAAAGUACAAAGACAACCUGAGCCGGCUCAUGUUCAAAGCCGGAAGCGGGAAGAAGAGACGUUGGGACAGCCUGAUCGAAGUGGCGAAAACGGGCAAAGUCGGCCGGUUCAUAUCGCAAAGCCGUUCAGAAGACUCCGUGUGCGAGCAGAGGAGCCCCAACUCGGAAAACCAGACGGACACCGACUCGAACGCGAGCGCCGUCGACGGCAAAGCCCUCUCCGCCCUCAAGAAGAAAAGGGAGAAGUUCCACAAGUCCCGCUACACUCCCAACGAGUCCUCGAGCGUCGACAUCGAGGAGAAGUGUGAGAAAAAAGUGUUGAAAAGAGCUUCCAGCGUCCCAGUUCAAGGUAGGACCGAAGUUCUAAGGACAGAAAAGUCUGAAAGUAGAACUGUCGAUGAUUUCAAAGACAGAAACGGCAUGAUCAUGCCCAGUUUGCCUCCUGGGAUCCAACCAGUGUCCGGUCAUAACAUAGCCACGGGUUGGCUGUGAGAUUGGCAAAUUUUUCCUCUCUCUCUCAAUCAUAAAACCAUACAAAACUUAUCAAUUUUUAUCAUAAUUGUUUUUAUUUUGAUUUUCUUUACCCGUUGGAGGUGGUAAUAGUUGAAAUUGUUUCAGAUUAUCACUGACUGAGAAAUGGAAAUGAGUAAGUGAUACUCAACUGAUAAUGAGUAGAACACUUCUACAGUUCAGUAAAGUACCUUUAACACAGUUAAGAGCUUUAAAAACAAAAUCCUUUUAAUCUCAAAAUACAGCUUACACGUUUAUCUGUAUACUAUUAUUUUUACCUUCGAACACCGGCUUUUUUCACUCAAAUAUAUACAUAUAUAUUUAUAAAACAAUACAUUGUAAUAUAUGUGUGUGUAUUAUGUAAAUGAAAAAUCACCUUUGGCUUCCUCACGUAUCUCACAAUUUUAUUAUUUCCAAUAUGUACUUUUGUAUGUUUUUAUUUCAUUUUUUAAGCUCGACACUCUUUAUUAGGUCUUAAGACCAAUUUUUUUUAAUUUUCACCCGACCACUGUGGUAAUGGCAUUAUCAAUAAAAAAUAAAGAACUAAUUGAGGGAUUCAAAUAUAAAAGUUUUUUUUAAUCAUAUAAUAAAUUGAAUCGUUGGAUAAAAAAAGAAAUGAAAGUGUUGAAUCGAUGUAUCUAUUUAUCUAUCUAACUAAUGAAGCUCCAUCAACAUCCAAGCUCUAUCGAUCUUUUUUUUAGUGUCUGUUCUGAAAAAUUCAACUUCCAAUACGGAGAGAGUGUUUCUAAACCAGACCAGAAGUUUUCACCUGCUCUACCUGUUUUACAUUUUCUGGUAAGGUUUGGAGAAACUGAUCGCUUAAUUAACUCGAACUUCUACCUUCUUCUCAUUGAGUCUCUUGAAUUCAGACGAUGUCCAAAUCAGAGAAUUCUAAGUUGUUAAGUUCCAAGGUUAUAUUGUUAUCUCCAAAAAGCAAAGUUUAAACAGUGCUUACUACUUAGAUCUAAAUUUCUUGAGUGCGAUGGUUGGCGGAAAUUGUACAAAGGAGUCUUCUUGCUUCUUGAGCGAGGUCGAAUUAAUUGUCGCUGCUAAGAUCCUGGAGGUGGAUUUUUCCUGCGGUUGUUUUUCUGAAAAGAGUUUAUCUGUUUUUUAACUGUUUUGUUUUUACAUUCCUGGUCAGUUUUCUGCUCUUGAUUUAUAUUAAAUAAUAAAAAUAUGAAAUUCCAAGCCGUGCAUCAUUUAAAUGUUUUCUGAGAAAAUGAGAAUCACAGUUUUUCUGUCAAUUUUAGAGAUUAAGUAUAGAAUAAAUUGGAUUUAUUUUUUUCGUUUAGGUAAGACCUACGUUUACAGGAUACUUACAAAUUUCUAUAUAUUUAAGAUUUCUACUUAGCGGACAAAAUAAAAGGACUAAGACACAACAGAAUAUCCGAUCCUUAUCUGUUAAUCUGAACUCUAAUUACGUUUAAAAUUAUUUAUUCAAUAAAUUGAGGUGUUUUAUUUGUUAACAUCCCCCGCACAAUCUAUUUAAUUUUUUUCGAUAUAGUUUUCAUUUCAUGAUUUCGGUUUAAGUCCAAAUUUUUCAUUGUUAACAUGGUUCCGACCCGGCAAAGGGUGACUUUACUAGAAAGAAAAGAACUGCUUGACCCUUAGGAAAAGUUUUCGGGACCUUGUGUAAAAAAUAUUACCUAAUAAAUUAAAACUUAUCUAAACGCUAAGAGGAUCUAAAAUCAUCGUGAAGUCAUUGAAAAUUUACGUCUAAUGUACGUCAAAUGUAGUAUCUGUAUAUAUACGUAUACAGGACACCUCCCGAAAAAUGGGAAAAAUAGUGACAACAUGACUGUCUCUUAAUAAGAGGAUUCAUUAUAAUUUAUAGAUAGACAGAUAUAUACAUUCAUUUGCAUAAUGUAUAUCAAAACGUACUGCGUAAAUUUAUAUUAGGACUAGGCUAUAUGAACAUACAAAAAAAGUAUUCUUGAUUCUUAAAUUUUAUGAUAAAAAAAGCUAAAAUUACUGUUUUUUUUUGCGAUACUAAAAUUACAACUACCUUCAUUUUAGUAUCUAGUAAUAGUGUAUGAAUAAGUAAUCAAGAAAACAAGAGUUGAGCAACUACCCAAUGGUAGUACUCUUAACUAUUCUUAAUUCAAUUGUCACUGGAUAGAAGAUCCCAUGGCCAUCGUCUUUUUAGUCGGCGAAGAGGGUUGGAAGGAAUUCGUCGGGAUGAGAGGAUUUGAAUUUGAGGAUUUAUAGUGGUUGGGAUGUUUGUGUAAAGUUUUCGGUAACGGGAGUGGAUUACAUCUUGGGCAAAAGGAAUAUUUAGGGCUAUAUGGGUAGUGUCGUUGGACACAUAAAAGGAAGCAUUAAGGAUUUUUCUGAGGAUGACUGACCACACACUUCCAGUCCAUAAGUCCAAAUUGGCUUCACUAGGGUGAUAUAAAGUAGUCUUUUGUUUAAGAGAGGUAAGUUAGAACGUCUGUCAAGAAGUCGUGAAAGUGCUCUGUAACG